GGCAAGAGAAGUGAUGGAGGAUCAAAAAAUUGAAUGGGCAAAUUAUGGCUGCACCAUUCUUUCUGAUGGGCGGACAGAUGGCAAGAAUAACACCAUCAUCAAUUUUUUGGUUGCUUGCAAGGACAAUGUAGUGUUCUUAAAAUCUGUUGAUGCCUCCAGCAAGGUGAAAAAUGCAGAAACAUUGGCUGGAAUGUUGGAGCAUGUCAUCAUGAAGGUGGGGUUAGAGAAUGUGGUGCAAAUCAUCACAGAUAAUGCAGCAGCAUGUGUGAGCAGGAAGAAUCCUCCAAGAGAGGCACCCCACUCUUUUUUGGAUACCUUGUGCAGCACAUGUCCUUGACCUUCUUUUGGAGGACAGAGGAAAACUUGAGUGGGUGACUCCAGUUGUGGAAGAUGCAAGGAGGAUCACCAAAUAUAUUUACAAUCACCCUUGGGUCCAAAAUUUGAUGAGACAACACACUCAAGGGAAAGAUUUGGUGAGAGCUGGUGUCACAAGGUUUGCAACAAUUUUCUUGACGCUGCAAAGCAUUCUUGCUGCAUUGACUUCUUUGAAACAAAUGUUUGUGAGUGGAGAAUGGCUUAACUCACCUUAUUCAAAGAAGCCUGAAGGAGAGGUUGUCG